AUGGUCGGCCAGUCAUUACCGAAAAAAAAAUCGUAUUGGGAUACUUACAAGCAAUGGAUAUCAUCAAAUCCGCAUUCAAUUGCUGAUAUUGAAAAGACCAUACAGUUUUUAUCAUAUUUUACUGCAGGUCGCUUUUCAGAAUCGUCGAUGGCUAGCGAAUUUAUCUACUCGUUGCCCAAUUUAUUGAUACUGCUAAAUGAUCGGCUAAUUUAUAGUAUAAAGUACAGAAAUUUGCAACUACCACAAUUCAAGUCGCAAAUAAAAAUAUGGUUAUCUACUCUAGAGUAUACUGAAGCGUUAUUUGAAGUAACUGCUAAAAAAUUGUGGGGAGAUUAUGGAAAAUGGAUUAUUAUAUUUGUUAUACAAUCUGUUAAGUAA